AUGUUCACCACCCUUGUGGCCCUCAUCAAGUUUGCAUGGGCGUACCCGGGCAUCGCCAUCGCCAUCGUCCUGGCAGCCUAUGGCGCAUACUAUGCCGGCGUGAGGAGAUGGCGACGCAGCCAGGCCAUCAAACAGUACCGCCGUGAUCAACGUCGUCGUGCAGGUAUCCCAGACAGCGAUACCCGCCCAUGGCUCGUUGCGCGCCCCGCUGCCGAGCUGCGGCGGCGCGAGGAGGCGGCGCGUCUCGUCGCCGAGCAGCAGGCCGAGAGCGAGCGCAAGCGGCUCGAGAAGAAGCGCGAGGAGGUCGAGGAGUGGGGCCACCAGGCGCUCAAGACGCUUCGUGCGCUGCAUAGCUCUGGAGACCUCACGCCGCGCAGUGGAGCGUCGACCCCGCGGCUGCGUGGUCGCGCAGAGUCCAAUGCGUCGCUCGCGUCCACCGUCCCCGCCGGCCCGUCCCGGCCCUCUACGCUCGCCAGCCGUGCCCCGGCCCGCCAGCUCUCGCGUGUCGCGUCGCGUACCCUCCCUUCUAGUGCUGCCUCGAGCUCCCGCCAAGUGUCUGUUCGUCAACGUGUGGCCAAGCGCGGUCGCGGCGACGACGACUCGGACCUGGAUGAGGAGGAGCCGUCCCCACAACGUGUGCGCCGCCGUCCCACCGCCCGCGCAAGGGGCGUAGUCGACGCCGACAUGGAGAGUGCCGUCGGCGACGACGAGGACGACCUUGCCGAGCUGCACUCGGUCGACGAGGACAACGAAAACAUGAGCGAGGACGACUACGACGAAGGUAUGGCCGUGGACGACCGUCCGCUCCUGUCGCACAACCGCCCAAAACGCGCGCUUCCAGAAGACGACGAGCAGCAGCGCAAGCGUGCGCGCAAGUCGCCCGAGCCCGAGUCGGACGUCGAGGCGGAAUCGAUGGACGAGGACGACGAGGGAGUGUCCGGCCCCGCCCAUGCCGACCCACCACCACCCAGCGCCGAACCCUCCCUGCGCUACGACCUGGACGCACCUGGCGGUUUCCCAGUGUACGGCCGUGCCGACUCGCCCUUUGACGGCGCCCUUUCCAAGUGGACGGACGCGACCGGCGUCGAGUGGUUCAAGGCCGACGGCGUCAAGUAUCGCCAGGACGAGAUCCGCGUCGCUACCCUCAAGUACCGCAUGCCGAGGGACAGCGAGCACCCGGACGCUCGCCAGGAGGCCGGCGAGCUUGUACGUGUCUGGCUCGACGAGAGCGAGUACAAGCGCCUCAAGAGCGAGGGCAGGCUCAAGUGGCAGGAGACGCCGCCCGUCUCGCCCAACGAAAAGGACAGGCAGGAGCCCACCCCUCCUGCCGUCCCCUCGCGCCCCAGCUCGGUCGUGUCCGCCGUCGCUGCGCGCUCCAUCUCGCGCUCGUACGGUCCCUCGCGCAUUGGCCUUGGAAAUUCGGUCGCCUCCCCGCCGUCGUCGCUUGCGGUCAGUACAGCCAACGCGCCCUCACGCUCGGAAUCGCCAUACUACACCAACCAGGCGGCCUUUGACCGCCAGCUCGCUACUGCCGCGCCAAACCGCUCGCGCAUCAGCUCCCCCGCACGCUUUGCGGCUCCAGGUCGCCAACUGAGCGAAGCUGGCCGUGCCAAGAGGCAGGAAGAGCUGCUCGCCAGGCUGGGCAAGGAUGUCAAGUCCGAGUCGAGCGAGGGUUCUCCUGCCGCGCCUUCCCCCGCACCCUUGACCGCGUCGCCGCUGUCCGCGCUCGCCGCGUCGUCCUCCAAGGACGCCGCCGCGUCGACUACCCCGACCACCAAGCCUGCCUCGCCAUUCAGCUUUGGCAAGUCUUCCGAGUCGGCACCAACCACGUCGUCGCCGCUUGCCAAGUCUGGUUCCUCGCUUCUGGCACGUCUCGGCAAGCCAGAGGACACGGACAAGCCAGAGGUCAAAGCAGACAAGGGUACGCCGGCACCCUUCUCGUUCGGUGCUCCUUCGACCGCGGCGGCAAAACCCGCCGCCGAGGCCGAGGUCAAGGCCGACAAGCCUGCUCCUUUCUCGUUUGGCGCUCCUGCUUCUGCUCCCACUCCCGCCGCUCCGGCUACGACCGCCACAAAGCCCGCCGAGACAAAGACGGACAAGGCGGCACCGUUCUCGUUCGGCUCUUCGCCGGCCGCCACGCCUGCUGCCGCUACCCCACCGGCCGCGUCCCCCGCGCCCGCCGCUGCUCCGUUCUCGUUUGGCGCAGUGACUGCGAACAAGGACGAGCCCAAGGCCGUCGACUCCCCCAAGCCCGCCCCAUUCUCGUUUGGCGCUCCUGCCGCUCCCAAGCCUGUUGACGCUCCCAAGCCUGCUGGAUUCUCGUUCGGUGCUCCUGCCACAGCCAAGCCCGCUGAGGCCCCCAAGGCUGACGCGCCCAAGCCCGCGUUUGGCGGUUUCGGCGCUGCCCCAGCUCCUUCACCAACUGCUGAGGCCCCCAAGCCCACCACGUUUGGCGGCUUUGGCAGCAGCGCUCCAUCUGCACCUGUACCUGCAGGUGCCCCCGCAGCGGCUCCGUUCUCGUUUGGCGCUCCCGUGGAGAAGAAGGACGAGCCCAAGGCCGAAGCUCCCAAGCCUGCGUUUGGCGGCUUUGGCGGUACCCCAACCCCUCCAGCCGCUCCCGAUGCGUCAACCUCGUCGUUCUCCUUUGGCGGCGCCACUGAGAAGAAGGACGAGGCUCCCAAGCCUGCGUUUGGCGGCUUUGGCGGUACCCCAACCCCUCCAGCCGCUCCCAGUGCGUCAACCUCUUCGUUCUCAUUUGGUGCGGCCGAGAAGAAGGACGAGGGAGCUCCCAAGCCUGCGUUUGGCGGCUUUGGUGCCCCGUCCGCGGCUUCAGCCGCACCCGCCGCAUCGCCAUUCUCGUUUGGCGGUGCCACUGAUAAAAAGGACGAGCCCAAAGCGGAGGCUCCCAAGCCCUCGUUUGGCGGCUUUGGCUCCACCACCACUACUACCACCACCUCGACCUUUGGCGCGGCCCCGUCGGCAUCGGGCUUUGGCGCGGCGUCGUCAACCCCUGCAUUCGGGUUCGGCGCCGGCCCCGCUCCGUCGUCUACCACGCCGACUGACAGCCCCAAGCCGACCAUGUUCUCGGCCCCAGCUGCUGCCACUUCUGUGUUUGGAGCACCUGCGUCUUCUGGAUUUGGAGCACCUGCUGCUCCAGCGUUCGGAGCUGCCACCGCGCCUGCUCCUGCUCCUGCUCCCGCCAAGCCUGCGUCCUUCUCGUUCGGAGCAGCUCCUGCAGCUGACAAGCCUGCCUCGGCUGGCGCGUUCUCGUUCGGCUCCUCCACCCCAGCAGCGCCAACCACAACACCAGCACCAGCUUCGUCCAGCUCGUUCUCGUUUGGCGCCCCGGCCGGUGCCCAGCCAGCCUCGACUGGUUCGUUCUCCUUCGGCGCUGCCGCCGCUGCGCCAGCCACUUCGGCGCCGCCCGCAUCCACUUCGACUUUUUCGUUCGGCGCAGCCCCAGCAGCUGACAAGCCCGCGGCCAUGGGCACGAGCACGCCCUCGUUCUCCUUUGGCGGUGCGCCCGCCGCGUCGGCCCCCGCGUCCACCUCGACAUUCUCGUUUGGCGCGCCCGCCCCCGCGGCCGGCGCUGCGGGCCAGCCAGCGUCGACUCCCGCAUUCUCGUUCGGCGGGGCGGGCCCGAGUGCCGGCGGCUUUUCGUUUGGCGCCAGCGACGACAGCACACGGCAGGUGCGCAGCCUGCGGCGCAAGUGA